GUAAAGUACACUGAUUGACAGAACAGUGAAUAUCGCGCACCUGCGUCGGACGUGUUGGUAACACAUUUCCGAGUAAGGAGGUUUUUUUCACGUCUGCCUUUGGUGUGGAGUGUUGACUCGCAAACUUACCAGUUUCCUUAUAAAUGGCGAGUAUAGAAUUGGCGGUAAAUGCUCCAAGCACAGAGGAAAGGGCCGUCUUUACGCAACUGAAACCGGUGAGGAUGUCCGGGGAAGGAGCGGAGGACUCGUCCGUCUUUGAGGAAGUCAAGCCAGGGCAGGUCCGCAGCGAGAUGGACAAGUACCUCCCUCUCUCCAGCCCCUCGCUGAUGAUCCCCAGCAGCAGCAGCAGCAGCAGCAGCAGCAGCACUAGCAGCAGUCUAAUAAGCGAUAAGAAGUACCGGCGCGAGAGCGCCUCCGUGGUGGACGAGUACUUCUCGGAGGACAAGCCGGCGCCCUACAGCCUGAACAUCAACCUCAUCCUGCCCAACGCGCAGCUCCGCACGGGGCUCUAUCGCCCCCAGACCAAGACCCAGCACCAGAACCAGCACCAGCACCACCAGUCACAUGUCAUACAGCACCACAUCAAGGUGGAGCCAGGCACAGAGGAGUCCACCCCAUGCACCACCACCACCAUCCAGCCUCUGCCAGACUUCACCUCAGUCUUCAGCACCCCCCAGCAGCAGCAGCAGCAGCAGCAGCAUCAUCACCAUCAGCAGCAUCAGCACCACGCCCCCAUCAGCAACCUCUUCAUCAAGCCCGAUCUCAGCCUCACCCACCCGGGCGGUGCCACCGUCAUCACGGCCGUGCCCGACGACCUGCCCAUCGGCCCGCAGCAGCCGCAGGUCUACCAGAUGCCCAUCACGGACCUCACCAUGACGCUCUCGCACGGCCAGCCCGGCGGCGCGGGCGGCGGCGGGAACGGGCGCACCAUGCUGAACCUGAACAGCGUGGCGCUGAUGACGGCGGCGGGCCCCAUAAGUGGCAACAACAGCGGUGGCAUCUUGGCGGGGGACUUUGUGGUGCCCGAGCAGUUUUACCUGACGACGCCGAGCCAGCCGCACCAGCAGCAGCACCAGCAGCAGCAGCAUCAGCAGCAGCCCCACAGCCUGCCGCCCUCGCCACCCAACUCGCAGCCUGGCAGCCCCGAGAACCAGGCGGAGCUCCUCGCCACCAUGCCGCCCCCGCCCUACCAGAGCCGGCUGGGGUUAAAGGUCACCCAGAUGACGCCCCACUCGGUGCUCAUGACGCACGGCCAGGGGGUGCUCACGGGGCCGCGCUACAACCGGCGGAACAAUCCGGAACUGGAGAAGAGGCGGAUCCAUCACUGCGACUUCCAAGGAUGCACCAAAGUUUACACAAAGAGCUCUCAUUUAAAAGCACAUCAAAGAACACAUACAGGUGAGAAACCGUACCGCUGCAACUGGGAGAACUGCGACUGGCGUUUCGCGCGGUCGGACGAGCUGACGCGGCACUACCGCAAGCACACGGGCGCCAAGCCCUUCAAGUGCGUAGCCUGCAGCCGCUGCUUCUCCCGCUCCGACCACCUGGCCCUGCACAUGAAGCGCCACCAGAACUGAAGCCUGAAGCGGCCUCUCCGCAGUCCUCCAGUACGCAUACCUGCAUACUGUACUACGCACUCAUCCAGAUACUACACACCUGCAAUACUACUCAGCCACAUCCUACGCACCUGUAUACUACACACUCCUACGUCCUACGCACCCGCAUACUUACUCUUCCUAUUACAUAUGCCGGCAUACAUACUCAUUCACAUCCCACACACCUGCUACUCGCUCAUCCACAUCCUUCACACCUGCAUACUACUCUUCUUCCGCAUCCUACUGGUGUUGUUUGUUUGUUUGUUUGUUUGUUUGUUUGUUUGCUUUCUUGACUUUUAUGCCUGUCUGGUUUUGGAUUCUCCUAUUUACGUUUUUGACUAAAUAGUGUGGAAGCACAUUGUGUGGCCCAAUAAUGAUCAAACUUGUCAUAAUCAAACAAAGUGCUGCGGCCUCACAACAGCAGCUGCGGUCAAUCAGUACAAUACCAAAAAAAACCUUGUGUGUUUUAGAGGUGUGUGUGUGUGUGUGUAUGUAUUUGUAUAUAGUGAAUGUAGAGAUGUUAUCAUUUGUGUGCAUCUGUAUUUCCUUGUAUAUAAGUUUGUUUAUAUUUGAUCUUCUUUUUAUGAUGAAUGUACUGAUGAAUACUUGAGCAUGCUGUUCAGACUCCUACAUGACGAUGAGCUUGUCCAGUGUGAUGCGAUGGCACAUGCUUUAGGGCUGGAUUACUAUGGACCAAAUACAUAGGGGUGUACAUUCCUUGCUUGGACGAUUUGGCCCAUUUGUGCCGGCUGUAACCAAUUAUUAAUUAUACUUAGAACUAGUGAUUGGAUACUCUUUGGUGAAAUCUGCAAAAAAAAAAUGGGCGUUAGUCGUCGUAGCAAGGCUAGGACAGUUCACUUUGAGAAAUGCCCACUGACUCUGCUGGACAAAGUGGUUUGAGAACCGACUGGGCCCUUCAGCAUUAACUUUAAUACUGUCAUUAUGCUAAACAACAAGGCUGUUAUGGCUAAUGAGCACAAAGACUUUUGUGGUGCAUCCUAUAUAGUUAUUAUGGUGAACCUUAUGCGGACAGAGUUACGAACAGAGGGGCAUAAACACCUCUACAGAGAGUGUUACGAUCUAGGUCCUAGGUCUAGAUUCACAGGUCUGGGUUCCAGGACAAACUCUGUCUCUUUACCCCUUUGCUCCUCUCCCAGUCCCUCGGGAGAUAAAGGGUUUUGUUUGUGUUAUGGACACAUCGGUAACUAUGGAGACAAAGCUCUUUAUUGAGGGCAGUUUUGUGAGGCCUUUUUAUGACGUGAACCGAUACCAGUCACUGAUAGAGGGCCAUUCUUACAGGCCUACAUUUGCGCUAAAAUUCAACAGGAAUCAUGCCAAAAGCCGCUGGUCUAAUUUCAAGAAACAUGAAACGUAGUUUCGCGUAGUAAAUUAUUGUGAUGUUGUUUGUGUGUGUAGGCCUGAAAGAUGACUUUAGUGCCAAAUAAUUGGAAAAUGAAGAAAUUACAUUUCCAUGGGCAGAUUUUGAUAGUUUUUGUUAUGUAAAAUUGGCCUUUACGAGAAAAAGAAGCAUAAGCUUAAUUAUUACAGUCCGAAAAAAGAACAAGUUAUUUAUUAUACUCUUAAAAACGAUGUUGUUUCACCCCUUAAUAUUUUAAGGAAUGAAUGGAAAAAAUGUACGAUGGUUUGAAUUAUUUUAAUUGUUGAUGCUUGAUAUUUAUAUGCAUUUGAACACAAUGGAUAUCCUGUUUAACAUUCACACAAACUCUUCAAUGUAAAAAUAGACACAAAGAUAAACAUCCCUAUUUAACCAGGCAACAUGUCUCGUACAGUAUAUAAACAUGUUUGUGUAGAUUUAAAAGACUUGACAUUUCUUACAUUUUCGAAGCAUUUUCUGUUUUCUAUGUUGUUGACACUGAAUCAACUGUUGGACUCCUGGCUUGAGAAGGUCCAGCCCCUUGGCACUUACAAAGGUUCAAGUUCUCUUGUGCGUACGUGCACGCAAGGUUGUGUGUGUGUGUGUGUGUGUGUGUGUGUGUGUGUGUGUGUGUGUGUGUAUGUUUGUAUGUAUGUAUGUAUGCGUGUGAAGAUUUCUUUCAGUUGUAGAAGGAAAUUCAAAGGAGAUGUGCUGUAAAUAAAUAUACUAUGUGUUUGGACAUUGUACAUACGUGUUUUCUAACUGUUAAUUGUUUUUUAUUUCUAUUAUUAUUGUUAUUAUUAUGAACAAAAGGGGGGUAUUGUUAGCAUUGGUAGAGAAUGUGUGUGUGGGGGGGAAUCACUUCAAAAUAUUUGAGAACAACGAUUUUCACAAUUUCCUUUUUCACUUUCACAAGUCUAGGAAAUAAACAGACGUGACCUAA